AUGAACCUGCAGAGGAGGUCAGUGCCGCGUCGAGGUCCUGAGUUGGUUUUUGAUGAAGCAGGGCUGUCAGCUGUAGAGUUUUUGAAUAGGGGAAAAUCAUACCUGAAAAAACCCACACUCAGGACUGAGGGGCUGUUCAGCGUGGAGGCGGCGCUGGUGGUGAGAGACAGCGACAUGGGGAACGUGACCUGCUCCAUCCUCAACCCCAUCCUGGACCAGGAAAAGGCCAUGGCCAUAUUCAUCCCAGACAAGAGGAAGACUGAGUACUUGGCUGCCUGGAGGAAGGCCCAGCUGUAUGCAGAUUGGUGCAAGGACAAGUUCCUGACCUGGCCUGUCACUCUGGAUCUAGGAUCUGCCCAUCCCAACAUUGUUGUCUCUCACAAGAAUAAAAGUCUGACCUUGAUGGACACUAAUUCAGUAUCAGAAGACACACAUAGCAUCUUAGGCCUUGAGGGCAUCACAUCAGGGCACUGUUGUUGGGAGGUGGAAAUCAGGAAUGGAGACAGAAACAUUUGGUUUCUAGGGGUCUGUAGAGAAGAUGUGAAAAGGACAGGCUGGUACAACAAGUCUUCAGACAAGAGUUUCUGUGUUGGGGGGAAUUUUGAAGAAGGAUUUCAUGCUUUAACUACUUCUUGAACUCCCCUGUUCCUUAGUUAGGUUCCCCACAGGCUGCGGAUUUUCCUGGACCCUGAGGAAGGAGAUGUCUCAUUCUAUAACAUGACUGAUGGCUCCCACAUUUACUCCUUCUCUCAUGUUUCCUUCUCUGGGACCCUCUUUCCAUACUUUAUGAUUCACUCAGGAGCUGUGUCCCUGUCCAUCUGCUCCGUGGUGGGUGGGCCUGAGCCCCCUGUGCCCAUUAAGUUUUCCUUUUUCUCAGGAGGAGCCUGUGAGCUCAGACUUUGGUGUUGA